AUGCGAAUGUUGGGCAAGAUUGCAGAGAUGUGGAGGAAGAUGCGAGUGUGGGGGCAGAUGCGAGUGUGGAGCAGUAUGCGAAGUGUGGGCAAGAUGCGAAGUGUGGGUGUGAUUAUGUGGGUUUGUUGUGAAGAAGUGAGUGGGCCAAAGAAGAGUAGUGGGAUUGAGCGGUUUGUAUGUGGAGGGUGCGAAGCGCGAUGGCCGAAGCGUCACACAUAUCGCACCUCAUGUCCCGCCAUAGAGCUUGUCCCAGCGUACGGCAAUGACAGAUACGCAGUACAGAAGAAAGAAAACUGCAACUGCCGCGACAGAACGGCGGGGUAUUCAAGUUACAAAUCCUGGGGUAGUGUGGAACGUGACCUGUAUGUGACCACGUUCCGCGUAUCAGUUGACGAUCAACGGCACCACGUGGCGGUGCAUAGCCUCAACUCGAUACACGUGGUCGAACAGGUCCCGCAAGCGGGCGUACCGGCGUUCCGGACCUUAACUGCGGACUACGCGUGGCGCGACUCACCGCACACCUCGCUGGUUUUAGAGAAGGGCGACACCGCCCCUUCUAGUAUGCUCUAUAAGUAUCGCCUGCCUUCUACAGCCAAUAUCUGGGAGGAUGAUCGCCAGGUACAAAGGCGUGAAGUGAGUGCGGGGGCCAGGGAUGAGGGCGAGGGGUGUGUGGAAGCAAGGAAUGAGUGCGGGGCGAGGAAAGAGGGCGGGCGCGAGGAAAGAGGGCGGGGGCGAGGAAAGAGUGCGGGGGCGAGGAAUGCGUGGGGAGACUCGUGGAAGGAGUUUGGGGCAGGGAGUAAAUGUGUAGCGGGAAGUGUGAGAUGUGAAGUGUGGGGCCGGAAGAGAGUGUGGGGCAAGAUGCGAAUGUGGGGCAAGAUGCGAGUGUGGGGCAAGAUGCGAGUGUGGGCUGAUAUGAGAGUUUGUGCUGAAAAGUGA